AUGUGGGGUAUUGCUGCUGGUAUUCUUCAGAGCGCAAAGAACGACAAUAACAACGAGGACGUCUGGGGAUGGUCAUGCGUGGACAACAAGAGACGGCAGGUUUUUGCUGACAAAGUCGAUUAUGCACUAGUUUGCAGAAUGCAGUCUUGGUCCUUGGUGUGCUGCCUCAUUGAAGUUGUUCUCGAGUGUAUCGCGAUCCUGCUUUACUCGGUGGUCUUUUACAGAUACUACUCCAAGCAACGCCUCCGGAAGUCCAUGGAUGUCCGUGAUUGA